AUGAAAGUUAAUGGAUCCACCGUUAUUGGACAGGAGGGAGUUGAAGUGAAGAGGGCAAAGUCAUUCAUUUGGAGCCCUGGAAAAGAAAGUGUGGUGGCAAAAAUAAGUACUCCUGAGGACUCUGAUGAUUUUGAAGACUUCCCGUCAGAAAAUGAAGACUGGGAAUUAAUUGGCGAAGAUUGCAGUAUGCCUACCCUUACUGUUUUUCCUGAGAUGAAACCAGUCUCCCUGUAUGAAGAAGAGGACUGGGACAAGGAGCUGGCAGACUCUGAAAACAAUAAAAACCCUUAUGAUUUAGAUGAUAUUAUCCACUGUGGAGGUUUCUUGGAUGGCAAUCCAGAGGCAUUCUGUUCAGUUCAAGAAGAACCUCUCUAUGACCCAAGCUUAUACCACGUAGCACCGCUGACUUUGAUUCACUUAGAGGCUGUGAUAGAGGAUGGCCAAUUUGAAGACGCUGCUGACUGA